GCCGACGGCAGAUGGAGUGCGAAUGACAAGACAUGGGGUGCCGGUUCUGCCUGGGCGGGCGCCUCAUGGAGCCAGGGAUCCUGGGAGAGACCCGACAUGUCAAACCCAGACUCCAGGCUCGGUUGGGGCGAGUAUAGUCUCUGGCGAUGGCUCGCCGGCACCAGAGUUGCAGUGAGUCGCCGCUCAGAUCGCGUACUCAAGGUGUUGGAUCUAGACUGGAGGAAGAAAUUCGAGGAUUUCCCAGACACAAUCCUAGCCUCGGCGGUGGGGCCCGAGGUGAUCCUGAAGCAGCUGGACAUCCUCAGCGGUCAGCGCCAGGACGACGAGAUGCGAAGGACAGGCCGAGAGUGCUUGCGCGGUUGCCAGCGGCGACAGGGUGAGUUCUCGAGCAUCUACGCGGCGCGCAUGGGCCAGGUCUUCUACCAGCCGAUGCUCAAGAUACUCAGCGGGAGCGCAGGCGAGUGCACGGAGCUCUUGCGGGCACUGCCCGAGAUGGACAUGAACCUGAACGAGAUGCUAGCACGAGGGUCCGGCGGCAAAAAGACCCUCCUCGAGAGCGAGGGCGCGCGGCCUUCUCCGACUCGUGUGCCGCGCGGCGACGAUGAAUAUUGCCAGAGCACUUCGUCCCUGAACUCAGAGCAUGAGAACCAUGCUCUCACGGCGAUCGAUCAGGCAGAUCUCGCGGAGCUGGAGGCACCGACGGUCCUAGCGGAGCUUUCGGCGGAUAACAAGAAGAGCUGGAAGGACGACGAGGACUACGAGGGGCGUUCGAAGGUGGGCAGACGCUUCUCCCCGACGGCUUCGGCUCUCGAGAUCGAGCUCAGCGACGAGGACAUCGAGGACAUGUAG